AUGAGUGCCUUUGAGUCAUUCCUCCUUGCGGCUGCCAAGCGGGCUCCCUUUCUUGUUGGUGAUGCUGUUACUUCCUCAACAGAACAGGAGCGUGCGGGCUCGGCACAAAAGGCUGAAGGGACGAUUUCUCAACAGCAGGAGGAAGAGAAUAUUGCAAUAUUACAGCGACUCUUAGUAGAUGGUCCACUGCAACCGCUAGGUCUGGAGCACGCCCUAUAUCACAUUCUUAUUCCCGCCUUCACUGCAUCCAUGAGCGCUGCAAGGGAAGUUUGGCGUGCGAAGGUUGCAUUGCAAGAGGUCGAGCACAACAGUGCGACAAAUAAUGAUGCAGAAGUUCCUGUCGCUGCUGCUGCUGCUGCUGCUGCACCCGAUGCCUCUGCGAGCGGCGGUGCUUCUACCGAGCUUCAAAAUCACAACCUAGAGACUUUAAAGAAGGCUUUGGCGGAUGCGCGGGCGUUGCUGAGCGAGCGGCAGAGAAACCUCGAUGCCGCUCAACUGAAGGUUCGUUCUAUGCUAGUGGUUGUCAAGCAGUUUCUUCAGACGCAUCACCCUCCAGAGGUGUCCCCUCGUGUGUAG